CUGUACACACAGUCUACAUCAGCGUCCCUUCUGGAGGCAGAGAGGGCGAAGUUUCACUCUGCAUUGCAGCCUGAGCGCUGCUGCCGGAAUCCAACACAACAAUGGCGACUCCCAGUCCUGACAGCAACUCCUCAAGCUCCAGCAACAGUAGCAGCAUUGUAGGAACCGCGUCGCACCAUUUCCACCCGCAGACGCACAGCAGCAGCAUGCAAGAAACCAACACCUGCUGGAGAUGUCAAAAUGAAACAGGGUUUCAGAUAAACCUGUCUGGAGUGUCCCAAAGUAAACGUAAAGCUCUGAAGCUGAAUUUCGCCAACCCUCCAGUGAAACCGGCCUCCAGGCUCCCGCUCAAUCCAACGCCUCCGUCUUUCCAGAACCCUCACAUAGAGCGUCUGCGGACACACAGCAUCGAGUCGUCGGGGAAGCUGAAGAUCUCUCCGGAGCAGCAUUGUGACUUUACAGCAGAGGAUCUGAGAGACCUCGGGGAGAUUGGUCGCGGGGCGUAUGGCUCUGUGAACAAGAUGGUCCACAAACCCACGGGCCAGAUCAUGGCUGUCAAGAGGAUUCGCUCCACAGUGGACGAGAAGGAGCAGAAGCAGCUGCUGAUGGACCUUGACGUGGUGAUGAGGAGUAGUGACUGUCCCUACAUUGUUCAGUUCUACGGCGCUCUCUUCAGAGAGGGAGACUGUUGGAUUUGUAUGGAACUUAUGUCUACCUCAUUAGACAAAUUCUACAAAUAUGUAUAUUGUUCAUUAGAUGAUGUCAUUCCAGAGGAAAUAUUAGGCAAAAUAACAUUAGCCACCGUUAAAGCACUGAACCACUUAAAAGAAAACUUGAAAAUAAUUCACAGAGACAUCAAACCUUCCAAUAUUCUAAUGGACCGAAGGGGUAAUAUCAAGCUGUGUGAUUUCGGCAUCAGCGGUCAGCUGGUGGACUCCAUAGCCAAGACCAGAGAUGCAGGCUGCAGACCUUACAUGGCGCCUGAAAGGAUAGAUCCCAGUGCUUCCAGACAAGGCUAUGAUGUCCGGUCUGAUGUGUGGAGCUUAGGAAUCACCCUGUACGAGCUGGCCACAGGAAGAUUUCCUUACCCAAAGUGGAAUAGUGUGUUUGAUCAGCUGACACAAGUGGUGAAAGGUGAGCCUCCCCAGCUCAGCAACUCGGAGGAGAGGCAGUUCUCCCCCAAGUUCAUCAACUUUGUUAACCUAUGCCUUACAAAGGAUGAAUCAAAAAGGCCAAAGUACAAGGAGCUUCUGAAACAUCCCUUCAUUCUGAUGUACGAAGAGCGCUACGUGGAUGUCGCCAGUUACGUAUGUCGCAUCCUGGAUCAGAUCCCUGCCUCUCCCAUCUCUCCUAUGUAUGUGGACUGAUGGGGUUAGACUGGGGAGUUUGGGGGGGGGGGGGUCACCCAAUAUGUAGUCGAUGGGACAGUCAGCUUUAAGAUUCCACGCUUGACAUCUUGUCCAUCAGAUUUACGUAGGAUCACCUGUUUAUUCACACGUUCCAAAGAACAAAGGAACUUCAGUUCAAAUUGCCCGGUGCAAAGAGAUGAGCGCUGGUAAGCAAACCCUUCCACCUCCCGUCACCUCAUUUUAAAGUCAGUGAAAUCUGAACUGUUCUCAUCUUCAGCCAGGAAAAACUUGAAGACAUAACGUUGUCUUAGUAAAAUGAAACGCGUCUUUUUAUGUGAGGGUGGGGAAAAAGGAACAGAGUAUGCAUAUUGAAUAUGUUGUAGGCAAAUGCAGAAUCUACCAAAUAAAAUGUUGAACAGUGACACUCGUGACAUAUGAACAAAAAUAGCCACCUUUUGAAGUGUACAUUGUGGACUAUAUAUGCAUUAUGUGUGUUCACUUCUGCAUUGUUAACAUGUAGAGAUGUAUGCCAAUAGACCUACUGUCUAAACACACACACUUUUCAAGCAGUUUGUUGUGGGCACCUUCCCUCACGGUAAAUGAAAUGAGUAUGCAAAAGUGCUUGUCUCUGGACAGCUCAUUGAUUCGGUAGAGUGGCUUUACUUACUUGUCUCUUUCUCUCCUCUUUUUGUUUUUUUUAUUUUUUCCCCCUCCAAUAUGCAAUCUGUAAGUUUGCCUUGACCUAUGAUUGGGACAUACACAUCCAGUAUUGGCCCCAGUUUGUACCUUUUUAUGUCUUAUAUUAUCAAUGCUUAUGAAUCACAGAGCUGAGCAUCUCAUUUUCUGAAAUAUAAUCCAUACAUCUGUCAUUUAAAAAAUAUAGGGAGAAACUUGUUACCGAAAGGUAUUCUAUGUUGUUCUCUAAUUUCACAUGGUUUUGAUAAGAUUCGCUGGCGUGGGAGUCUUGCUGAUCUGGAUAUUUUUCUAGUUAUAGACCCAACCUUGAAAUGGCAUAUCAAAUUACAUUAAUAUAUACAAUUUUACCUAAUAGUAAAAUGUUUCCAUUUUGGCUUACGUUGCAAAAGGGAAGCAAUGCAAUAUGUAAUUGCUGGCUAUCAUUAGCAUCUUUGUUCGGAUUUGGUAAUGAAGUUGCAACUUAGGAAGUGGGCUAAAAAAAGAAUCUUUUUAGAUCCAGGUGGGCAGAAGGUCUUGUGAAUAUUCUAGAAAUACCAUUUGAACUGCAGCAGGUGUUAAACAACCAUGUGGGUUUUUUCCAAGAUCAGCAAUUUAUCUUUCAGAAAAAUGGAUGUUUAUCUCUGACUCAAACAAGGCACAAACUGGGACUAAACAAUGUUACAUUGCAUGAUGUAAAGUUACUUUGGGACAUUAUGUCCUCGUGUGUGUGUGUGUGUGUGUGUUUCAGUUUGAGAACAAGCCCUAAAGCUCCUUAGCCUCCUGUCAUAUCACUGUACAGCUAAACCGCUCAUCCACACAGAUCACAGAUCCACCAUGCUGCCAUACAAAGGCAAAAAGUAAUAACUACCUUUGCGAACGGUCCUGGCAAAGGUUUCCUAAAAAAUUGCACCAUGAAUGCUGCUAAAUGACAUAAUGUCCACUUCAACCACACAACUUUCAGGGGAGGAGGAGGAUCACUCCUCACAUAGUUACUGCUAUUUGACUCAUAAGGUCACCAUAGACUCAGCAUGUUCCUCCGUGACUCGGCAUGUCUCUCUGGCUUGCACUGAUAGAAUUUUUUUUCCCACGCCAAAAACUGUACUACUUUCGGGAUGUAUCUCCAUAGUCUAAAACGCGUUCCCUCACCUCUCUUCCUCCACCGGUACUGAUAGACUGCAGUUUAACGUAUCAGGACAGGUGAAGGGGGCCGCAACUUGAGACUAUUGAGAUCCACCUGCUGACGUUCCCUCUCAGAAAGGCAUGUGUGCCAGUCAGCAGUUGGUGGACAAACAUCACACAACUUGGAGUUAGCUACUUAACCAAACUGUCUGUAUGGGCGGUGGCACUCAAGACUGGGACAAGACUUGUAAUGUAAUAAAUUACUUUAAAGGAU